GCGGGCGCGAUGUGCGAGCGGGCGGCGCGCCUGUGCAGGGCCGGCGCGCACAGGCUGCUCCGGGAGCCGCCGCCGCAGGGCCGGGCGCUGGGCGGGCUGCUGCGCUGGGUGGGCGCCAGGAUGGGCGAGCCCCGGGCGCCGCUGGUCCCCGACGCCCCCGCCGGCCCCGCCGCGGACCCCGGCCCCGCCGCGCUGCGCGGGGGCACCGCCGUCAUCCUGGACAUCUUCCGCCGUGCGGACAAAAAUGAUGAUGGGAAGCUGUCGCUGGAGGAGUUCCAGCUGUUCUUCGCGGACGGCGUCCUCAACGAGCAGGAGCUGGAGUCGCUGUUCCACACCAUCGACGCCGACAGCACCAACCAUGUGGACACCAAGGAACUGUGCGAUUACUUUGUGGACCACAUGGGGGACUAUGAGGAUGUGCUGGCCUCCUUGGAAACGCUGAAUCACUCGGUGCUGAAGGCCAUGGGCUACACCAAGAAGGUGUACGAGGGCGGGAGCAACGUGGACCAGUUCGUGACCCGCUUCCUCCUGAAGGAGACAGCCAGUCAGAUCCAAUCGCUUCUGAGCUCCGUGGAGAGCGCAGUGGAGGCCAUUGAGGAGCAGACCAGUCAGAUCCGACAGAACCACAGCCAGUCCAGCCGUGACACAGCAGAGACCUGGUACCGAAGCCCCUCUCCACCUUAUGCCCCCAACCACAAGCUCGUGGCUGCGGACCCAGCCAGGAGCCUCCCCUCUGCCCCCCAGGACGUCAAGGAGCAGGGCCUGCAAGCCCAGGUCACCCGGCUGGCAGAAUUGAUCGGGAGGUUGGAAAGCAAGACGCUGUGGUUUGACCUGCAGCAGCGGCUCUCGGAUGACGAAGGCACCAACAUGCAUUUGCAGCUGGUCCGGCAGGAGAUGGCCGUGUGCCCAGAGCAGCUGAGCGACUUCAUGGAUGCCCUGCGCCAGUACCUGCGGGGCACGGCCGGAGCGCGGAACUGCUUCCACAUUGCCGCCGUGAGGCUGUCGGAUGGUGUCACCUUUGUCAUCUACGAGUUCUGGGAGACGGAGGAGGAGUGGAAGAGGCACCAGCAGAGCCCCGAGUGUAAGGCGUUCCGGCAUGUUAAGGUAGACACGCUGAGCCAGCCUGAGGCCCUCUCCAGGAUCGCUGUGCCAGCUGCCUGGUGUAGCGUGGCCCGGGACUGA